AUGCGCGAGGGGGCAGGGAUCGAGGCGAACCUCGGGAAGUGCCGCAUGUGGAACCGGGGCGGCUUCGAACCAGCAGGGCAUUUGUCGUUGGGCACAGACGUGUGGGUUGGCGGCGCCGGCACGCCUGAGGAGCACCGCGGCCUCAAGGUACUUGGCACGCCCCUGGGCGCCGCGGCGUUCGCGGCCCGGCUGACGCAGCAGAGGACGGACGAGGAGCGCAGCUUCCUACAAGAACUCCCAAACCUGCCAGACCUUCAGUGCGCUUGUGCGCUCCUGCUGUACUGCGCGGUGCCAAGGUGCAACCACGUCCUGCGCACGCUGCCUCCGACGCUGUCGUGGUCCUACGCCGAGGCCCACGACCGCGGGCUGCAGGAGGCGCCGCGCGACCUCCUCGACCUCGACCCCGCGCCAGCUGAAGCAGAGAGGCUCUCCCGAGUGAGCUCGCUGCCGCUCGGCCUCGGAGGCCUUGGACUCAGGUCAGCCGCGCGCGCGGCCGAGUGCGCGUACUGGGCGUCUUGGGCGGACGCGCUCCCCAUGUUGCGACAAAGAAACCCUACAGCAGCAACGGAGCUCACCGCCACCCUCGUCGCCGGAACAGGCGCCGCAGCCUCGUGCCUCCAGGAAGCUGAGCGCGCGAGGGCUGCCGCCGCCCGCGACGGCUUUGCGACGUGCCCAACUUGGCAGGAGGUCUGGGACGGCGCGCGCCCUGAACAGACAGAGCCAGAGCCGGGCGAGUGGAAGCACGGAUGGCAGUGCCACGUCGUUCUCCCGAGCCUCACAGACGACCAGCAGUGGAUGCUCGACUCGCAGGGGGGCCGAUGCGGCGGACGGCACCUGGCCCUGAUCCCCUCGACGCCAGAAAGCACGUUCACGCCAGAGCCCUUCCGGGCACUGCUGCAGAGACGGCUCCGCUUGCCGCUGGACGCCACGGCAAGCAGGUGCAGCGGGCGCUCCUGCCAGGCCCACUUGGACGAGAGAGGUCUCGCCGUGGACGCCAAAGCCAUGGAGACCCCGCAGCUAGGCGGGGCCAACUACGCCAGUUGGUUCGCGCAGCAGAAGAUGGAGGCCAUGCUGCAGAAACUCAGCGAAGGCACGAGAGCGGGCUACGAGGGGGGAUGGCGGCUCUGGGUAGCUGUGCGCCAGGCGCAGGGGCUCAGCCCUUGGCUCCCAGGACGCGACCGCGAGGAGCGCCUGGCCGACGAGGAGGCGCUCAUCGACUUCGCCGUCCUCCUCGCGCGGGUCGUUGGGAGGACUGAGGGGACCAUCAAGCAGAAGCUCUUCGCAGUGCGCUACGCCCACCUGGUGGCCGGCUACUCGGGCCCCUUGCUCCACAGAGGUCGCCUUUGGAGCACCCUGGCGGGGCUGAAACGCUGGCAGGGACCCGAGACCAAUCGGAAGAAGCCCGUCACGCCAGCCAUGCUCGAGUGGCUCCGCGGCUUUCUCCAGCAAGAAGCUAAUCUCCCCGAGGAGGAUGCGGUGGUCAUCUGGGCGGCCAUUGUGACAGCGCUCUUCUUCCUCCUGAGGGCCUCAGAGUACCUCCUCCAGGACGGGCGCUCAUGGUCAUUCGAGCGCGUGCUGCACGGGGAGGACGUAGAGCCCAGGAAGGCCGGGAAGCGCGUGCCCAGCUUCCAGGACGCCGACGAGAUGGUGAUCUACAUCAAGGGCAGCAAGACGGACCAGCUCAACGUCGGGACGGUGAGGAACCACUACCGCGCCGGCACGACGCUCUGCCCGAUCACGGCGAUGGAGCGGCUCCAGGUUCACCAUCCCCAGCGGAUAAAGGGCACCGAAGAACGGCUGCCCCUUUUCCGCUGGGCGUCAGGUACACCGAUUCGCAGGGCCGAGGUGCAGCACUUCCUGACGGUCGCGGGGCUGGCCGCCGGCCUCUCUAGGGGGGAGAUCGGCAGCCAUUCCCUGAGGAUCGGCGGGGCGACCGCGAUGUACCACGUAACCGAGGACCUCUCCCGGGUGCGCCGGUUCGGGCGCUGGCAGUCGGACGCGUUCCGCGGCUACCUGUGGGAGUCGCACGAGCCGAUGAAGGGCAUCUCCGGCAAGAUGGCCAGGGGCACCUCCUCGCUGACCAACCCGGCGAAGGACAGCGCCCCCAGCAGGGCUGCCGCCGGCGCCGAGGGCGCCAGAUCAGCCGCGCGCCCGGAGGGCGCACCCACCCGUGCCUUCGGCACUGGUCAAUACUUCAGCGCGAGCAUACGCCGCGGCGCGGACGGGGGUGCCAAGCACCGGCCUGUGCCGAGCGCCAGCGAUGGCAUCUUCGGGCCUUGGCCCGAGGUCAGGCUCCACCGGCAAUCAGUGCGCCGGCGCGAGCCCAAGGCAGGAGGCCGUGUCCGCGCCGACGUGUUCCUGCGCGACAUGAACCUCCCGGGCAUUGCCGCCAACGACGGGCGCCGCAUCGAGGUGGUGGCCAACGGCCUCCCUGCCUACCACGGCAGGCAGCUCGCCAUCGACGCCUGCAUCGUAUCCCCGCUGAGGGCCACCGGCAGGCCGAUUGCGCGGAGGCUCCGCCCAGGACUCGCGCUGAAACGGGCGAGGCGCCGCAAGCAAACGACUUGCCCUGAGCUGGUGGGCUCGCGGCGGGGCUACCUGCUCGUAGCCGGAGCAGAGACGGGCGGCCGCUGGGACGAGGAGGCGUACAAGCUCCUCGUUACCCUGGCCCGCGCCCGGGCGAGGAGCGCGCCGGCGGCGCUGCGAGGGUCGCUUGCGACCGCGCUGCUGCGCAGGUGGAGCGGCAUGGUGGCGUGCGCCAUCCACGGCGCCCUGGCCGCGAGCCUGCUCGAGGACGUGCCCUCUGAAACGCUAGCGACAGACGGGGGGAAUCCCUGGUCCUGGGUGGCUGGCCUCGCCCACUCGAACGCCUCGGUAACCCCGUCGCGCGUCGCGGCGGCUUUUGGAGGGGUUGCGCUGGUGCUGCUGCUCGUGGUGGUGCAGGUCGUGGUGGUCUUGGUCGCUGCGUUGUGCUGUGCGCUGGUGUUCUUGCGCGUGGUGCUGGUCGCGGUCGUGGGCGUUGUUGCCGCUGCGGUGUUCCUCGUCGCGCUGGUGUUGCUGCGCGUGGUGUUGGUGGUCGCGGUGGUCGCUCUGCUGGUGCAAGGAGUCAUUUCCCAUCGCCGCAACCUCACGGAGCAGGGGAAGACAGGUAAGAUCCCCGUUGACCAGCGCGGCCUAAGCCACGUGCUUCUGGCGGCCGGCUCCACAGCGUCCGCUGGCGCGCCCGGCAAAUCCGAAAUACUCUCGAGCGCAGACGUCCACUCGUCCCCAGACGUCCAGGGCGCCAGCCCGAAGCCCGCAGACCGCGAGAGGGCCGGGGAGAAGGGGGCGCCGACCUGGACAAGCUUGUGGUCCGAUAGGAGUGCCUUCAGGAUGCACAAGACGCUCACCGCGGGUGCCAGGGCUCUCUUGGUCGCUCCCAUGGAG